AUGUUCGAGAAGGACAUCUACCAGCUCAUCAGAGGCUUGCGAGCCCACAAAGGCAACGAACGCGAAUACAUCCAGGAAAGUCUGCGAGAAUGUCGGAAAGAGAUCAAGGGCCAGGACAUGGACCAGAAGGCUACGGCCUUGCUGAAACUGGUAUACCUGGAGAUGUUCGGACAUGAUAUGUCCUGGGCGUCUUUCAAUGUGCUGGAGGUCAUGUCCUCGGCCAAGUACCUGCAGAAGAGGGUGGGAUAUCUUGCAGCGGUGCAGAGCUUCAGGCCGGAUACGGAGGUUCUGAUGUUGGCGGAGAAUCUGCUGAAGAAGGAUCUCAAUUCGCCGGAUAAGAUUAUGAUUCAGCUGCCGCUGAAUGCGAUACCGCAUGUGGUCAACCCGUCGAUGGCUAAUUCGUUGCUGGUGGAUCUCAUACCGCGGAUGUCGCAUUCCCUACCUGCGAUACGGAAGAAGACGAUUGUUACGCUGUAUCGCUUGGCACUGGUGUACCCGGAGACUCUGCGACCUGCCUGGCCGAAGAUCAAAGAGCGUUUGCUUGAUGAGAACGAGGAUCCUAGCGUGACUGCGGCGAUCGUCAAUGUGGUUUGUGAACUUGGGUGGAGGAGACCACAUGACUUCUUGCCACUGGCUCCGCGGCUAUUUGAGCUCUUGACGGCUGGAGGGAAUAACUGGAUGGCUAUCAAGAUUAUCAAGCUCUUCUCGGUGCUUACUCCAUGGGAACCACGCUUGGUGAAGAAGCUACUGCCGCCCCUGACAUCGAUCAUCAAGACUACACCGGCCAUGAGCUUGUUGUAUGAGUGCAUCAAUGGCAUCAUCCAAGGUGGCAUCAUGGAGGCUGCAGCGGGCACUACUGAUGGCGACGAGAUUGCUAGGUUGUGCGUGAACAAGCUGAGAGCUAUGCUGGUGGUCGAAGGUGAUCCGAACUUGCGAUAUGUGGCAUUGCUCGCGUUUGUGAAGAUUACUAGCUCGCAUUCAGAGCUUGUUGCCCAGCAUCAAGAUGUGAUUCUGGAGUGUAUCGAUGAUCCUGACAUCUCGAUCCGGGCGCGAGCGCUGGACUUGGCGAUUGGCAUGGUGAAUGCGAACAACUUGCAGACUGUGGUGGAGAGACUGCUGAAGCAGCUGCGAAAUGCUGGGAAGGCGUCUGUCGCUGAUGAACCUGAAAAUGAUCGCGCCAUGCACGAUGGCAUUGUCCCUAUGGCCAUGGAAGACGACGACGAUGCACGAACGCCAAUACGACCAAAAGAGCCAAAGUCGACGCAAGCGCCUUCACUGCCUGACGACUAUCGAGUCUCGGUGAUUGAGCGAGUCCUGGAGAUGUGCUCGCGCGAGAGCUACGCCAACAUGAAUGACUUUGACUGGUACAUUGGCGUGCUCGUAGAGCUUGUUAAGCAGUGUCCGCUGUCAUCGUCAUCUGCAAUGCGAAGUGGCCAGCAGACUAAUACUGCAGAUGCCAUUGGGUCAGAAUUGCUCAAUGUAGCAGUCAGAGUCAAGGCGGUCCGUCCAGAUGCUGCUGCAGCUGCUCAGUCCUUGUUGCUGAUCGAGCAGCGAGAAGAGCUGUUCCCGGGUGGCAGCACUGGUGGGCAAGGCGUUCUUGCUGCUGCGGCGUUCGUUGCUGGGGAGUACGCCGAUAUGCUACCGGAUCCUGAAGCUGGCUUGACAUCUUUGCUACAUUCUUCGAGCGCACAGCUGCCCGCCGAAGUCCUUCGUAGCUACGUUCAAGCCAUUCCAAAGGUGUUCGUGGCACUCACGAGUGACCAGCAAAGUGGCUGGAGUGCGACUCGACGUGGCACUACAACCUUAUGGACAACGCGGAUCAUACACUUCCUUGAACCAUUGACGCUGCAUCCGAACCUCGAAGUCCAGGAACGAUCAGUCGAAUACCUUGACUUGAUGCGACUGGCCUCAGAAGCAGCUGGCAGCCAACAAACAGACAGUGAAACGGACGGGUAUGCUGAGCCGCCGCUUUUACUGACACAAGCCAUACCUGGACUUUUCUCUGCACAAGAACUCAACCCUGUGGCUGCCACAGCGAUACGCAAAGUCCCCAUACCAGAAGAACUUGACCUUGACACACCAAUCAACAGCAGUCUACAGAUGCUACUAAGCCAGGCAGAAUACGACACUGAUCUUGAUGAGGGUAGUGACGAAGUGCAGCGGUUCUACUACGAGAAGCCAUCAGCAGUGGUGGCAGGCUACAAGAAGCCUGCUGCCGAGCUGCUCGAGCCUGGUCCAGCUAAGGUGGCCUCUUAUCAAGAUGCCGACCAAGAAGUGGAUAGGGAGUCCUUACUCAGGAAGAAAGCUGAGCGAAGGGAGCGGUACAAGGACGAUCCAUAUUACAUCGAUUCGGAACGCAAUUCAGGCACUUCUACUCCAAUGCAUCAGAUUCUGCGAAGCGCAAAUGGUGAAGAGCUGGACGUCGAUGCGAUACCUGUGAUGGAACUCAAUCUCGAUGCAAAGGACACCGCUCAACGACAACCCCGACCGACAUCAUCGCAACCGAUACGCAAGCCGAAGAGACACUUCGAGGUUGCAGCAGAUGAAACUCUUGGUGGUGACGAUACACCAUCGCGAUCGUCUAGCCCUGCCAAGCUCGCUGUCUCAAGAGGCAAGAAGUCCCUACUCCAGCUCGACAGCAGCGGUCUAUCAUCUCUAUCCCUGAACGAACCGUCCACCGGCGUGAACGGCAGCAGCAAGCUCGAAAUCGAGCGCCGCCAAGCAGAAGAAGAGGAGAUGGCGAAAGCCAUCAAAGAAGUCGAGCGAUUACGUCUAGAAAUGCAGCGCGCCCAGGAACGGAUUCAGCCGAGAUAUAUGCCCGAAGAAGGGACAGUCGUCAAGCGCAAGAAGAAAAAGAAGUCAAAGGUUGAGUUUGCCGAUGAUGAUGAGCCUGUGCAUGCUGGUGGCAAGGAGAAUGGUGAUGAGGAAGCGGUGGUUAGGAAGAAGAAAAAGAAGAAGAGGAAAGAUGGUGAGGGGGAGGGGGAGAGUGCGGAGCCGCUGCUUAAUGCUGAUGUGGAAGAGGCGCAGGGUGUGGGGGCUGCGAAGGUUAAGAAGAAGAAGAAGAAGAAGAAGAAGAAGAGGGAGGUUAUGUUUGAUGAUGAGGGAUGA